UCAAGCCAACGGAGCCAGUUCCACAACACUAGAGGAGAGAUCAAGAAAGCCACCGACCCACACGCAGGAUGGGCGCCACGCUCCUGCACGCGGUGGCUUCGCUGCUGACCAGGCUGCAGCGGGCGGCGCGGAGGAUGGCCGCCGGUGCCGGUGGGGGUGGUAAGAGCUCGCCGCGAGCCCAGGCCGUGGUGGCGCCGUGGAAGAAGACUUCCUCGCCGUCUGGGACGACGGCCAAGGAGGAGGCCGCCGAGGCCGGGGUGUGGAGGAAGGAGAUCCUCAUGGGGGAGCGCUGCCAGCCGCUCGACUUCUCCGGGGCCAUCUACUACGACGCCGAGGGACGUCGCCUCGCGCAGCCGCCGCCGCCCAGGUCGCCCAUGCGCAGCCCGCUCCCGGCGUCGCCCAGGCUCGCCGCCGCCCACGCCCGCGCCUACUAGCUACCGGAGUAGUCUACUAGCUAUGCCUAGUGAACCACACACACACACCGAUUGGAAACAGACAUGUUGGCAAAGCGCGAAGCUUGCUCUGUUUGUUUGUGUUCAGGGUGAAAGAAACAGAGUCUGUUACUCUGCUGGGACACAGACUGGAUCGGAGGAUUGCAGCUGUACUGUACAUGAUAAAAUUGGUGUUCUUGCCCUUGUUUUUGCUUUUUUUUUUCUUUUCAUGGUGCUGUGCUGUAAUUGUAGGCUACUACGCAAGACCUGAUUGAGGACUAUAUUCUUGUCUAUGCAACUUUUCACUGUGCUCACCUGCAUGAUACAGUUUGUGGAAGAAGGCCAUCCAAGUUUGCUUGUACGUACUUACUAUAGGUCUUUUUCUCUUGGGUUCUUUUUUUUUUCUCUUAUGAUGACGAGGUAUUCGGAGUUUUUAUUUGAACCGUGUCACCACCGUAUGCAUCCGUUCCCCCAAGGAAAGAAAAUUCAGCAUUA